CACCUCGCCUCGCCAUCCGUUAGUGUGCGAUCCCUAAUUUGUCGUGACGGCUCGCUCGACUUCUUGCUGGCACCACACGAUUUCUCAACAACCGAUCGACCCGACAAGAUACCUGGGGUCAAUCCCCCAUUUUGCGCAGCGGAAUUCCUGUCGCCACACGAUCCGCUUCUCUCUCCCACAACUCGUCGUCCUCGCGACCUAUCCUCCUUCGUCUCCUUCGAGUUGGCCACAACAACCAACGCGAUUCGCGUCGAGCGCUUGUUCACAUUUGCUGGCUGAUUCGGGCUCGACGCAUGACACAACCCUUCUCAUCGUCUCCCUUACCCGAACUUUUCAGUCUCGUCUGUGUCCUGGUGGAUCGCGCGUCAGCAUGCCAUCCAGACCUCAAAGCUAGCCAACUCACAAGCCCUCCGACAUCAACCCAUCAUCGCGAGGUCCAAGAUUAUGACCGACAAGUUACCGCCACUGUCGACGCAGAUCGUGGCUCCCAGUCAGACCGCCUUCCCUACUCCCAGCGCCGUCCCUGCACAACAAGGUGCCACAAAGCAGGAGGUUGUAGAGGAAGAACCGUACACUAUCAAGUGUAUCUGCAACUACUCUGACGAUGACGGAAACACGAUCUAUUGCGAAACGUGCGACACAUGGCAGCACAUUGAGUGUUUUUACCCAGACAAUGUCGAAGAUGCCCUUCGCGAGGAUUUCGCCCACUCGUGCGCCGAGUGCAAACCUCGAGCCCUUGAUCGACAAAAAGCGCAUGAGCGUCAAACAUCCCGCCUCACAAUGCCUGCAGUGGAGGAAGAGACGACCGAUAAGAAGCCGAAACGACCCCCGACAAAGAGUCAUAAGAAAAAGCCGAAGCCGACGGACCUACAACUGAAUGGUCAUUCUUCGAAUCCCGAGAAUUCCAAGCUCCCCGGCUCUCACGACCAUCCUCCAUCCAAGAAGUCGAAGCAUUCACACAAGGCGAGUCACUCGAUCAGUUCCCAGGCGCCGAAGCGAAGUCCCUCAUUAAACACCAACGGCCGAGUCAAUCAAGGCCAUCCGCCAAGCCCUGCGACCACGCCUCCAGAUCUCCCGAGUGACUUUAAAAUCCACAACUAUUCGCCCGGCUUUCUCUCUCUUUACGACGAACAAGGUGUUCAAAUCGUCCAAACCAAUUCCUUCGUUCGCUUGGAGAUCUCCAACACAAUGUCUGUUUGGCUGCGAGAUCCAGAGAGAAUGCGACGAGAGACUGGUCUCGAGUACAACGACGUAUUCCAAAAACUUCCCAAAAACAUCAACUCCUUGAAACGAAACCUCCACAUUGAACACAAGAAGGUUCCCUUUACGCCUCCGGGUACAGUCCUUCACUGGCAGUACCUCACCGCUCCAUCGGCAAUCGAGAAGGAUGUCCCAUUGAUGGAACUGAAUGGCCAAAUCGGGUUCCAGAAGGAUUAUUGCAGCGACGCGGCCAACAGAUGGGACGAGUUGACUUCGCCCCUCCCCUUCGUCUUCUUCCAUCCAAUGCUCCCCCUCUACAUCGAUACCAGAAAGGAAGGAUCCCGAGCGCGUUACGUUCGCCGAAGCUGCAAACCAAAUGCUGUGUUGGACGCGUACCUCUCCGAAGGAUCUGAGUAUCAUUUCUGGCUCGUCAGUGACCGUCCCAUUGCAGCCAAGGAGCAAAUCACAAUCCCGUGGGACUUCCGUUUUCCGAUGAAGAACAAACCUCGCAUGUUGCGUCUGCUUGGGCUUGGCGAUGAAGAAACGGCCACACAGGGCGAACCGGAAAUCGAUGAUCUCGAAUAUCAAACGAUGGCCAGCUGGGUUCAUCUUGUCCUCUCUGAAUUCGGGGGUUGCGCCUGCGAUCUAGGGCGCGACUGUGCGUUUGCCCGAUUCCAUCGAAACUAUUUUAGCGGCGCGCAGACACGAUCCAACGCACCCAAGAAGAAGUCGAGAAAACCGAAGACCCAUCACGCCAUUUCGCCUACAAGUACGGGUCAUGCCACCAACAGCCGGGCUGCUAGUGAAGGUCAUUUGGACGACGUCACAGAGAUUGAUGACAGAUCGCAGUCGGGCUCGUCACGAAGCAAGCCACCGAGCCGUGAUAUGACGCCUGCACGGCAAGGAUCCUUCGAUACCCUUGGUAUACUCACCGAACCCACUGAUAGAGACAAGCGAAAAGUCGCCAUGGUCGAGGAUUCCUUCCGGCGCAUGGAACAGCAGCAACCUCCCCGUAAGAAGAAACGCGUAUCCGACGGCAGUGGCAACUCCAAGGCGAAAUCCACAAGUCGCGGCUCCUCAAGUUCCCAUGGGCCAAACCAGCCAAAUGGCGUUGCGGAGCGGCGAUAUGUCGACGCAGGCACUUCAAGAAGCAAAUCAACCUCGCCCCUUAGUGUGGCGUCGCCUCUUGUCCCAACUAUCCACAAAGCAGCAUCACCGGGCCAUGGUUCUGUUCCGCCCCGCUCCCGCCAGCCCUCUGUCACGCCGCGGCCGAAUUACUGCGACGCUGCUGUUCAGACGGACCCUAUAGAGGGAGAAUGGUAUAGCGGGAUACAUCCGGCACCAAAGCCCAAGCGCAGGAUAGUUUCCUUGUCGAAGCGACUCCUAGAUAAUCGGCAUCGACUGCGCUUGGACGACGAGGAGAAGCUGAAGGAGAAGGUCCCUGUUGUCCAGGAAUGCCCGGCAACAGCGACGGGUAUCUAUUCGCCAACUGUUGAGCAGAAGCCAUCGUUCGAGUCGCCGUCGUUCGGCAAGGAUGCGGCUGGGCCAGUUGAUUCGACCACUCUGAGCUUAGGCGGCUCUAAUGACACUCCGAUGCUCGAUGCGCCGCUAAGGCCCCCCAAAGAGAUGAAACCCCCCUCUGCUCUCGCGGCAAGUCUGGCCAAGCUCAAGUCGCCAGACUUGAGGGUUCAAAUGCCUUCGGGCCCAGCGUUUGGGAGCCCCACAUCGGCUAUUUCGACAGCCAGUACACCGGCGUCUGCUGGUAGCACCAUGAUGCAAACACCCUUCUCAGCCAACAAUCUCCCUAUUCCGUUGGGAGCUGCUGCUACCAAUGGCACUGCUGUGAACCCCAGCCCCGUUAAGAAGAAGAUGAGCCUCAGCGACUAUAGGAGCAGGAUGAAUAAGGUCCAAGCUGCGAGACCGUCGGUCGGGACAACGAUGUUGAAGCCUCCGUCGGCAAAUGAUGACGAGCCCAAGUCGGCUACCAGCCUCGACACACCAGGAGCCAGGGACUCGCCAACUGCCGAGAAGGCAAUGAUCGACACCGGGGCGUCGACGAACGGGGUACCAGCCCCUACUUUGACGGGCAGUAAUGUGUAAAAAUAUAUAUGGGGGUGGAAGUGCCACCGGGUGUUUGGGUUUGCUUUUUC